AAUGAUGCUAGAUUAAAUUUGAAAUCAAUUGCUAAUAAGCACAGGAAAGAGAAAAAAGUAGAAUCAGAGAAGGUAAGGGGAAGCAAGGAAAGUGAAGUUAAAAAAGAAGAGGAAUUAAGUUUUAUUGGGAGUGGCAAAAAAUCUGAACAAGUUCAACCAAAACAAGAACAAAUUAAAAAUACCAAAAAAUUAGACGGUCCAGUGGAAAAUUUUAAUAGUUUACAUGUCGAUAGUGUUAUAAACGACAAUUUAGAAAACUAUUUAGAUUUGUACAAAGUAGCGGAAAAUCGCAUGUCUAUUCAAGGAGAGGAAGGUGUUGAUGCGGGUGAGGGAGGAGGAGUAGUCAGAAUAAUUCCACAAAUAUCCAAACUGCCAGACACAAUUAUUAAGUGCCAGUCAGACGCUAAGCAAAUUAGCACCGAUAAAAUUCCGAUCCAGAAUUA